CCAAGUGGCAUACACACACAACAGAAAGAGACCAGGGUUUCCUCUUUCUCCCACUAUUCCAUUGCAUUCUUAGUUCUGCACCGCUCGGCGACAGGUUGCUUUAGCGUUUCUCGUCUUCAAAAUUAAAAAGAAACCCACGCACACACACACAGUAAAAAUACCACCCAACCACACAGUUUUUGCAGUUUCUCUACGAGAUCUUCCCAAUUUCGGAUAGUAGAGAAAGACAAAAAAGUGUUCGCCGAGUGUUUUGCAGUUUUCUAGUGCAUCAUCAGUGGCAAACUUUCGUUCUGCUCAACAAAAGGGAACGAGUACGUUGGAAUUUGGUUGGUGUAACCGCGUGAGUCACGCAGUUGAUCAUCACAAAAUGCCACGGCGAUUGUGAACUCGUCAGGAAAGAAAAAAGCAAAACAAAAGAAACGUUGCCAUGAAGACGACGGUCGUGAUGCGGACCGAAUUGAUUGUUGGCCUCGUUGGCCUCGUCUGCUGGAUGACGGCUGCUAGCCAGGAGAUCCAGCCAGAUGAGAUUACCACGGAAUGGAUCACCACAGAUGCUCCAGUCACGCUAGUGCCGGCUUUGGAAGCCACUGCGGUCCGUUCAGUCGAUAAGGAAAUAACAGCCCUCCCACCAAACGAUUUACGGGCAAGAAUUCUUCUCAACUCGGAUUUUGAAGACGAUCCAACGCAGCUGACCGCCUCGCAAACGGGUGGCCAGUCAGCGGGCUCUACACUGGACAAUAGCCUUAGGUCUAGCAAUAAUAAUGACUGGACGCCGAUAGUUUGGGCCUCCACUCGUCUUGUGUCACCACCUUUGCAAUCGAAUUUCCCUCAGUCGACUCCCUUUCCGUCUCCAGUGUCUGUCCGGCCACCCCCACCUGGACCUUCGACACUUGUCAUUCGACCAACACCAUUACUGCGACCUCUUCCGACUAUUUUGGCCACUCAAUCUCGGACUACAACAACCAGUACGGAACGAACGAUAUCUAGCAGCAUCCGGCUGCCAUCUACCGAAACGCCGACGGCCACACUACCUCCUGUCUCAUCUCGGCCGGCUGUCAUUCGUUUUGAUCUGGACGAUGCUAGCUCAGGCCCUACAUUCACAAUAAUAGCUGAUCCGGAAGCUAAUGAUUCUGUCAUCGCUUCUUCCGUUCCCGUUCCAAGCGAAAUUACAUCCAUAGCAUCAAUUCCAGUUCCAAGCGAAAUUCCAUCUAUGGCGUCAAUUCCAGUUGUUAGCGAGGUUACAUCCGUAGGAACAAUUCCAGUUCCUAGCGCAAUGCCAGUCACAGUGCCACCGAUUGCUCCAGUUCCAGCCACAGAGCAAGUUCCAAGUGAAAUUCCAGAUUCAGGACGAGUUUCGGUUACAAGUGAAAUUCCAGCAACAGGAUUCGUUCCACUUUUUGUCAAUCAAACAGAACAACCAAACGAUAACCCUCUUUUAGUUGGUAAUAGUUCUCUUGUUGUUCCGAUUGUCAAUUCGGAAGAUGUUGCUAAUAAUACAACAAAAGAACUGACUGGCCAAUUGGACGUAGCAGAAGAAUCCUUUAACGCUACGGAAAAUUCGUUUGCGAUGGUUGCAAAUGAAACGUUUCCAAUCAUCAAUGAAACAUCUACCGCUAUACCUGUCGAUAUGAAUUCUACAGAUAUCGAGGUGGAAGAAAAUGUUGUGUUGACACCAUCAAGCGAAGAUUCGACCGGAGUGGCCAAUACUAGUUUAAUCACGCAACCGUCUAACGUACUGGUAGCGGGAGGCGAAGAAACGAGCCAGCUGGAAGAUGUUCUUACAACGCCUAUUGAGGAGAGUCCAGUGACAACAGGUCUGUCCACUAUUUUCAGCUCGAAUAACCAAUCGUCUCCUACGAUCGAUGUUCCUUCAAAUUCUUCUGCAAUUGAUGAAGCAAACGUCACCGUUUUGUCGACAACAGAAAACAAUGUGCCAUCAACUAGUUUACGAGCGGCACUCGUGGCGGUUAGUACGAGUGAUCCAGUGACCACAGUUACCUGGCAGCCGGAGGAAUCGACUGACCAAGAAAGAAAUAUCGGUAACGGGAAAGGUAAUCGAGAAGAAUCGGGUCGUUCUACUACCCUUUCGGCUCUUUCUGGGCUAGCCACUUUGUUUCCCGCAUUAACGCGACCACCCAGUACGACCGUAUUGCCGACAGAGACCAGCAAACCAAUCACGACGUCGGCUCCGUCGACGACGCCAAAAACAACAACGACUAGCGCUGUUGUAUUCACGUCAUCCGGUUGGUCAGUGUCUCCACAGCAAGCGCCACCUACGCCAUCCGUCCCACACAAUGUUAACCCACUAGCUGGUUGGCCAACAACACCCAAUCCACCCGUAACUUUCCAGGAACCAUCUGUGCCGUUUUACGAUCCAACUUCAACGGAAUACUAUCCCUAUGAUGAAUGGCCUAGAACAGAGGGUUCGGAAACUGACGAUCAGGGUUCUACUACUACAACUAUUGUAGCAGUUUCCGUCAGCAUUGCAGCCAUUCUCUGCCUGGCAAUUGCUAUUCUUCUUCUGUUGGUAUUGCGUCGACGUCGAGCGCGAGCCGUGCAGGGAACGUGCCAGCCUGCACGGAUGGAUGCCUACAGUUUGGAUAAUGUCAGCCAAUCCAACACGUGGCAGCGGGGAAAAGUUCGCAACAGUUUGCGCGCCUCAAAACGAUCCUAUUGUAAUCAGGCCUUUGACGAUUCGACGGUGUUUUCGGUGCCGUUGACAGCAGCUCAGCUGGCUUUAACUGCACCUGUAGGCGUCGAGACCAAGAAUCGUUAUGCUAAUGUUUUGCCUGUUCCCGAGACACGUGUUCAUAUCCGUGUACAAGAAAAUCAGCCAGCAGAUACCAUUGAACAGUAUAUCAAUGCCAAUUAUAUCAAGGGGCCGAAAGAGGAGCCUCAUUUUUAUAUCGGGUGCCAAGGACCUAUGGAAGAGACGGUUCAAGAUUUUUGGCAAAUGAUUUGGGAGAAUCAGUGCAAGAUAAUCAUUCAGUUGACAGACCUGUCAGAGAAUGGUGUUUCUCGCUGCGCAGAGUACCUUCCCCCCUCGGAAGUACUGGACUGUCACCGCCUUUAUGGUGACUAUCAGGUUACUCUCAAAUCGAGAGAACUGCGCGAUAAUUACGUCACAUCUCACAUCCAAUUGAAACGAAUGGAAGACAAUCUAGUGCGUGACAUUACGCACUUGUGGUAUAGUUCUUGGCCAGCCACUGGCGUUCCAGAGGACGGCAAGACUAUUGUUUCCCUAUUGCUGGAAGCUCGUAAAGGACAGUCCAAGGAACAAAGAGCUCCUAUGGUGGUCCAUUGUAGCCCAGGAACAGGACGGACAGGGGCUGUCUUGGCCAUCGAUGUCUGCAUGAGACAUCUUGAUUCGAGCCGGAGUAUCGAUAUCCCCCGGUCCGUCCAUCGUCUUCGACAGGACAGGGCCGGCUGUGUACAAACUGGGGAACAGUACGCUUUCAUAUACAAAUCGGUAAAUUACUACGCCUCCCAGUUAAGCAAUGCUGCCUUGGAUUCGCUGUAAAACAGCAAGUGAGAGCGCAAGCACAAGUUGCCUGCGUUGAAAUGAAACGGGCAAAGCACUCACGAUCCUGUAUAUCCAUGACCACUGUGAAAGGGAGGGAAAAAAUUAUCUUGUCUGUAAUUUUUUGUUUGUUGCUGUUAUCAUGUUUCACCUUUCUCCCUCCACUUUCUCCAUCAACACCGCUUGACAUGUAGAAGCGGAGGCUAAAUAUUCACGGACAAAGAAACAAAACAAAUCAUAACCAGUGACUUAAUAUUCACACGCUUAAUACAUCCCUAUCUAUUUACAUGAUUAGUCCGAUGAUGGAGAAUAAAUUCUAUUUGUUGAGCAUUAAA